AUGGAUGCUGCUAAACCAGUAUCUACACCUCUUUCAGUAAAUGCCAAUAUCUGUAAACACGGAAGUGUGAAAUUUGAGGACCCUACUUUGUAUCGUAGUGUCUGUGGAGCUUUAAAAUAUCUUCAUCUCACCAGACCAGACAUUGCGGUAGCAGUCAACAAAGUCUGUCAGUAUAUGUAUAAUCCUUUUGUUGAGCAUUGGGAUCUAGUUAAGAGAAUCCUACGAUAUCUCAAACAUACAGUGCAUUAUGGUUUAGUUUUCCGUCCUUCAGUGGAUACAACACUUCAUGCCUACUCAGACUCUGAUUGGGCUGGCAGUUUAGAUGAUAGAAGAUCAACAAGUGGCUACUUUGGCAAUAAUCUUAUUUCGUGGAGUGCAUGCAAGCAAAAAAACGGUCUCUAA